GAAGUGCUCGGAGGCUCCACACUUUGUGCGAGGACGCGCGGCUGAGGCGCACGGCCACUCGGGACGGCAGCCGGUGGAGAUGUUUAGCAUCAGGAGCUGAUCCUUCUUCACUUCAUCUUUCCUCUUCUUCUUCUUCUCCUUCAUCCUGUAACCAAACAUGCGGGACUUUAGUCACAGUCUCCUUUUCUACGCGCUCCUGGGCUCCGUUUACGCAGCACCGGUGGCGUCCUCCGCCUCCUGUCCUCCGGGCUGCGAGUGUUCCGAGGCGGCGCACACGGUGAAGUGUGUGGCCAAAGACCUGAGGAACGUUCCGGUCGGGAUCCCCGGAUAUACUCGGAACCUCUUCAUAACAGGGAACCAGAUCAUGCGCAUUGGCCCGGAGUCUUUUAAAGGCCUGGAUAAUGUGACCAACCUUUCUCUUUGUAACAACAGGAUCUCCGAGGUGGAGUCGCACAGCUUCGCCGGUCUCCCAAGUCUCCGCUCGCUGGAUCUGAGCAACAACCAGCUGGCGGUCAUCCACCCAGAAGCCUUCACCGUGGUCAACAAAUCUCUACGUGAGCUCAACCUGAGCCGAGCCCUCUACAACCACUCCUCGGUGAUCGACCUGGCCACGGCGCUGCGCUGGAGCUCGCUGGGCAGUUUGCGCGGCUUGGACCUGUCCCACAACAGCCUCAUCUACCUGCCCUCGCGCAUCUUCUCCCACUUGAACGGCCUGCAGCGCCUGCUGCUCUCCAACAACUCCCUGGUGGCCAUUCACAACUCCACGCUGGCCGGUCUGGAGGAGCUGCAAGAGCUCGACUUGACCCUCAACUCGCUCAAGAACGUGCCCGAGGAGGGCUUGCGGGAACUGGACUCGCUUCCCCAGGCAGAGCUCCUACUCGGGGAGAACCCCUUCAUGUGUACAUGCGGGAUAGAACCUUUUGUCCAGUGGCUCAACCACUCGCAAGGACGCAUUAGAGACGUCAGCGAGCUGGUGUGCGCCUUCCCUGUCGCCAUGAGGAACACCUCCAUGCUCUCCGUGGGCGUGUCCGGGACUCUGGGGUGCCGCCAAAGGGGAGCAGGGGCAGACCUAGCCCUGCAGACCUCCUACGUCUUCCUGGGGAUCGUGCUGGGCUUUGUGGGCCUCAUUUUCCUCUUUGUGCUCUAUCUGAACCGCAAGGGCAUCAAGAAACGCAUCUAUGACAUGCGUGAUGCCUGCAGGGAGGUGUGGGAAGGUUACCAUUACCGCUUCGAGAUCGAUUCGGACCCCAGGUUGUCCCAAGUGUCCUCCAGCGCCGACAUGUAAGACCUGAACAUUUAAGCAAGGCAGUGGAAAUGUGUAAAAAAUGUAUAUUUGUCUGUAAAUACAUACAGUACAUACAAUUCCGUUAAUAAUAAUAAUAAUAUGAAUAAUACAGCAUCGUUGCCUUGCUUGUCGAAAGACGCCACUGCUCCACUUCCACUGUUACAUAACUAAUAUGCUUAAUGUACGACUUUAUGAGGGGAGUUCACCGUUUCCUGUCUUCCACACAAGACCAACAACAAGUGCCUCAAGUCAUACAUGGAAUACGAGCGUCAGCUACAUCCCUGAGGUACACCUGCACAAUCUAAUCACAUCCAAUUUAGGAGCUGUAGCAACAAUUCAUGCUUUCAUAAAUAAUAAAAUAACACGCAGUACACUACUUGGCUACCACUACCAGAGACACCGAUUCAGAAAAACAUGACAUCAUCAAUGCUGUUUGGUCCGUUUUGUAGAACAAUAUGAUUAUAAAUGUGGAAAAGUGAUAUUAAAUAUUUUAUAAAUAAUUGUAUAACAUUCAGCAAAUGCUGUAAAUACGGCCAGGGGGCAAAGAGUAAAUGUGUUAACUGGACUCUGGGAAUAAUUGAAUGGGGAAUAAAGACAAAGUAAAAACGUACCACUUCCCCACAGAAUGAGAGAACUUGUUUUCAGACACCCCACAGCUCCAUGCAGUGUUAAGGUAAUGUAAUAUAAUGUAAUGUAAUGCCUCAUCAAUGUAACAGACCAGAAUACUACAUAUGACUUGUCUGUCAAUAUUUUCUGACUAUU